CAACUAGUUAUUAAUACUAAAAUGGCAUCUGGCCCUGAAGACACUUUCACUUUGUGGCGGAGCCCUCUCUCUAGCCGUUACGCUAGUUGGGAGAUGAGGCACAAUUUUUCUGAAAGAAAAAAAUUUGGUACGUGGAGACGACUGUGGUUCUAUUUAGCUAAAGCAGAAAAGGAGUUGGGGCUUGAUAUAACUGAGGAGCAGUUGAAAGAAAUGGAAGAUAAUUUAGAUAAUAUCGACUUCACGAAAGCCGAAGAAGAAGAAAAGAAAAGACGUCACGAUGUUAUGGCUCACGUACACACAUUUGCCACCUGCUGUCCAUUAGCUGGCCCUAUCAUUCAUUUAGGAGCUACGUCUUGCUAUGUUGGGGAUAAUACUGAUUUGAUUGCUAUGAGAGAUGGGUUGGAUAUUUUACUUCCCAAACUAGCCUGCUGUAUUGAUAGAUUGUCAAAAUUUGCUAGAAGUCAUAGAGACCAGCCUACUCUUGGUUUUACACACUUUCAACCAGCACAAUUAACAACAGUUGGAAAGAGAGCGUGUAUGUGGAUUAAUGACUUAUUGGUUGAUUUACGUAAUCUGGAGCACGCUAAGUCAGAGCUUCGGUUUCGUGGGGUCAAAGGAACGACAGGAACUCAAGCAAGUUUCCUAGUAUUAUUUAAUGGUGACCAUUCAAAGGUAAAAGAAUUAGAUAAGAAAGUAACAAAAAUGGCUGGUUUUGACAAAGUAUUCACUAUAACUGGCCAGACAUACUCACGUAAACAGGAUUAUAAUGUCUUGUGUGCAUUAGGAGGACUUGGUGCUUCUAUACACAAAAUAUGUACUGACAUACGUUUACUUGCAAAUCAGAAAGAGCUAGAAGAACCAUUUGAAAAAGAUCAAAUAGGGUCCAGUGCAAUGCCUUAUAAAAGAAACCCAAUGAGAAGUGAAAGGUGCUGUUCCCUCUCACGCUACCUCAUGUCAUUAGUAUCAAACACACAGCAAACAUUCGCUGUCCAGUGGUUAGAGAGAUCCCUUGAUGACAGUGCUAAUAGGCGGCUCAGUCUCUCAGAGGGUUUCUUGACUGCUGAUUCUCUCCUGCUUACAUUGCAGAAUAUUAGCGAAGGCCUUGUUGUAUACCCCAAGGUUAUAGAGAGACACAUAUCGCAAGAGCUUCCUUUUAUGGCAACUGAGACUAUCAUAAUGGAGAUGGUCAAACUAGGAGCAAAUAGACAAGAGUGUCAUGAGAAUAUUAGAGUAUUGUCACACAAAGCAGGGGCUGUUGUGAAGCAAGAUGGAGGAGAGAAUGAUCUCGUUGAAAGAAUAAAGAAAUCAUCUUACUUUGCUCCAAUUCAUGAAAGACUCUCAGAGCUACUGAAUCCAGCAUUAUUCACUGGUAGAGCUGCUGAACAGGUUGAUGAGUUUCUGAGUGAAGAGGUUCAGCCUGCAUUAUUGCAUUACAAAGAACAUUUAGAUGUUCAUACUGCAGAACUAACAAUAUAAGUACUAUAUAUUACAACAGAUUUAUAUUUUGACUGCGUGCAUAACUAUUACUGUGUGUAUAAAAUAUUCCACCAUUCUGCA